GUCCGCUGUCGUCAGAUAUGUCGUCGCUAAAACCGUACAUUGUUACCGCGCUGCUGGUGUUCGCCGCCGUCGGGGCGACAUCCGACCCGGUCGGUUCGUCUUCGGCUUACAAGGUGUGCUCGGCCAACGACAGCCCGGGAAUAUGCUUGAUCAAAGGUCUGUUGAAGAACGCCAUCGUUUAUUUCACUCAACCGGACAAGGUCGACGACGGUGCGGACGCUGCGGAAAGGGUGUCGGACGACAACGCGCUAAAAGAGUCCAAAGGCAUCGAAGACUACGUCGUAUCGCAGCUGCAAAACAUCUUCGGUCUGUUUUCGUUUGGUUUAGAGUUGCCCGAAGUCCCGUGGGCUCUGCUGAAGUCGUCGUUUUUUAACGCGAGAGGCAAGAAGAACAAAAAUCUGGGACCCAUGUUGGCGGCCGGUGCAGCUGUGAUGGGCGGUACUCUGCUUCCUCUGGCGCUGGGCGCUCUGUUCUUGUUGGCCGGUAAAGCCAUCAUGACCAGCAUGUUGGCCAUAACCAUAUCCGGUUUGAUAGGACUGAAGUCGCUGUUCAGCAAACACGAAACCGGACACGUCAAAGCCUACACUUCCGUGCCGACGGCGGGUCACUACUCCGAACAAUACGAACAGGAGAUGGGCUUGUACAAGGGUCAGACUGAGGCCAAAAUGCACGCAGGGUUCUAUGCCGGCGAGUCGACGGGCCAGCAGACGGUAGCCGGCUAUUACAAGGGCGAACAGCAGAGCGCCGGAUCCAAUCAGCAACCCGACUACUAUGCGCCAGCCAGCACCAAUACUAAUCCGAAGUACAUCAGCAGCAGCGGUAGUAGUAGUAGUAGUGUUAACGCCAACAAUAAUAUCGGCCACUGAUUUUUAUACAUGUUUUUGUAAGUUUUCUUAUUGUAAAAUAUUGUGUUAAAUAUUUAUUUAUUUGUUUGUACGCGUAAUAACGCUAUCGACGAAUUCCUAAAAGAAAGGUACUUUUGUUAGUAAUAAAUUUAAACAAAAUUGUUGUAUUCCGCUUGCUUGUACAUUUAAUUAGUAAACCUCGUGGGUAUACGGUAUACUGGCGACGUUGUUAAUAACAUACCCGGUAUACCACUAGUCUGUUGAUGAAUAUUAGAACGGUUCAAUAAAUUAAAGCAUAUAUUUUAGGAUAAAAAAAUUAAUAAUAAUAAUGAUCACCUCAUGCGUGUAGUCAUUUCUCAUUUAAUUGGCGAAUGUGGAACACUUUGGAUACUGUUUAUAAUGUUGUAAAUUGUAAUUAAUGGUUCCACUCAAACGCAUCACGAUGUAAUUAUUUAAAUACGUUUACACGAUUGAUUGAUUUCCAUGUUGAUUUUCUUUGCGAUUGUUAAAACUAGUACCUAAAUAUUUAUAUUGUAUACUAGUCAUCAUAAUUAUAAAAUCACAUUGAACCCAAAUCAUUACCACUAUUAUUAAAUAGACUAACACUAAUAGUAUUAUACUAUAUUUCCAACUUUAAAAUUACUUUUCAUGUUCUUCUACUUAUUUCAUAUUUCAAA